AUGGUCCGUUUAACCGCUGAUCUGAUCCUCGAGUCGCCGCAGUAUUUCAACGCGGUGCGAGAACGAGAAAUUGAUCUGAGAGGGAAUAAGAUCGCAGUCAUUGAGAAUCUCGGAGCCACCGAGGACCUGUUUGACAGCAUCGACCUGUCAGACAACGAAAUAGUGAAGCUGGAGGGGUUCCCGCUGCUGCGGCGGCUCUCCACUCUGCUGCUCUGCAACAACCGCAUCACUCGCAUCAACCCCCAGCUAGGUACCCAACUCCCCAAGCUGCAGACCUUAGUCCUGGCCAACAAUCGCCUAACCAACCUGGCGGAUCUCGACCCACUCGCAUCUCUGGCCCACUCCCUCACCUCGCUCUCUCUCCUGGACAACACCGUCGUCAAGAAGCCCAAGUACCGCCUCUAUGCCAUCCACCUGCUGCCGAAACUGCGGCUGCUGGACUUUCGCAAGGUCAAGCUGAAGGAGAGGCAAGAGGCAGAGGCAACAUUCGGCAAGGACAGGGCAGCAGCAGCGGCGGCCAAGCGCGUAUCAGCAAACACGUUCGUGCCUGGCGAGGCACUUGCAGAAGCAGGAGGGGGAGCGGAGGGAGCAGCUGCUGCUGGUGGUGCUGGUGAUGGUGGGAAGGAAGGAGGGGAGGGGGCGGCUGCUGCUGCUGCAGCAGCGAAAGGGCCAACACCAGAGCAGAUCACUGCAAUCAAGGUGAUUACAAGUUCCACUCACUUUAAGCGCCUCAAAAGCUUUCCUUAUUGUGCCCCGGUUCCUCCUGCUGCCCCUGCUCUCCCUGCUCCCUCUGCUACCCCUGCUCUCCCUGCUCCCUCUGCUGCCCCUGCUCUUCAUGCUCCCGCUGCUCCCCCUGCAGGCUGCAAUCAGCACGGCUCAGACAUUGGAAGAGGCCCUGCAGUCGGGUCAAUUGCCAUCAGACAUCAAGUCGGAUCCACUCCCCCUCCCUUUCUCUCUCCCUCUCCCUCUCUCCCUCUCCUCUCCCUCUCUCCCUCUCCUCUCCCUCUCUCCCUCUCCGCUCCCUCUCUCCUCUCCUUCCCUCCCUCUCUCCCUCCCUCCCUCUCGUCCUCUCUCCCUCUCUCCCUUUACUCUGUCAAUGCAUAA